CCUCAACAAACAAUUGUGUAUUUUGCAUAAGUUUUUUUUUCAACAUUGCAAGUCCUAUUAUGAUAAUAUGAAUAAUUAAUUUUGCUUUAAUGCUGUUGAUUAUAUAAUAAACUGAAUAUCGUAAUAAAACAACAUGAUGUGUCAGAUCAGUUAAGCAGAUGUACUCACUCCUCCUGACAGUAAAACUGAAACAUCAGAGUUAACUGCUACAUUGCAGCAAACAACCAUGAAAUAUAAUGUAUGUAUGGUAUCAGACUUCUUCUUCCCGAACCAAGGUGGCGUGGAGAGUCACAUAUACCACGUGUCCCAGUGCCUCAUCAACAGGGGUCACAAGGUCAUAAUUGUCACACACUUCUAUGGAAACCGGAGGGGGGUCAGGUACCUCAAGAAUGGGCUCAAGGUGUACUAUCUACCCUUCCCGACCAUGUAUAACCAGUGUGUUCUGCCCACCAUUCUUACCACCCUGCCCCUGCUGAGAAACAUCUUCAUACGAGAGGACAUCCACAUUGUGCAUGGACAUUCGGCAUUUUCCACUAUGGCCCAUGAAGCAAUGUUCCAUGCACGUAACAUGGGCCUGAAGACCGUGUUCACAGAUCACUCACUGUUCGGCUUCGCUGAUGCAAGCUCCAUUCUCACUAAUAAACUCCUCAAGUUCUCCCUUGCCGACUGCCAUCAUGCAAUCUGUGUGUCCCAUACAAGCAAGGAGAACACUGUGUUACGUGCGGCCAUCAAGCCGGAGACAGUGUCUGUGAUACCGAAUGCAGUAGAGGCCUCCAUGUUUAUACCAGACCCAUCUCAGAGGGACCCUGAUAAAAUCACGGUGGUGGUGGUGAGUCGGCUGGUCUACAGGAAGGGCAUGGAUCUCCUUGCAGGGAUCAUACCUGAGAUCUGCAGGAGGCAUCCCGAUGUACAGUUCAUUAUUGGUGGUGACGGCCCCAAGAGGACAGUGCUGGAGGAGGUGAGGGAGAACUAUCAGCUGCAGGAUAGAGUUGUCUUCCUUGGGGCCCUGGAACACAGCCAAGUCAGGAAUGUUCUGGUAAGGGGGGACAUUCUCAUUAACACCUCCCUCACUGAGGCCUUCUGUAUCGCCAUAGUGGAGGCGGCAUGUUGCGGGUUACAGGUGGUGAGCACUAAAGUGGGCGGGGUCCCAGAAGUCUUACCCCCCGAGAUGAUAAAGCUAGCAGAGCCAAGUGUAAAAGACUUGGUGGAGAAAUUAGAAGAGGCUAUCUGUGAUUGUCGUCGUGGUAACGUGAUGCCCCCCAUGGAGGCCCACAACAGGAUACAGAACAUGUACACAUGGCCCAACGUGGCCCGUAGAACUGAGGUCGUCUAUGAUAUGGUCAGUCAGAUGCCACAUCGGGAAUUGAAAAGCAGAAUUUCUAGGUACUACCAAUGUGGUCCAUUAGCAGGCAAACUGUUCGUCAUAGCUGUCAUUCUAGACCUCGUGUUUCUGUGGCUUGUCUCAUGGAUUUGGCCUGCACAGAAUAUUGAGCGGGUUCCUGAUCUCUCAGGCCAAAGAUCUUCUGGUGCUUUCCAACAUCAUUCAGCUGUCAAGGAAAAACAUCUCAAAACUUGAUCUCUCUGUGUAUAUUGUUAUUUAUUAAAUAUUGCUUUAAUAUAUUUCAUAUAAAUGUGUUGAAAAGA